CACCCCUACACCGUCUCAACCCUUUCUCUCUCACAAACAGUAGACAUAUAAAAGUGCAGUAGAUAUUCUUUGGGGAUUUCACAGUUGAUAGGAGCCCACUAUUAGUCUAAUAUCCCAGUCAUGGAGGAGGGAUACAGAAUUGACCUGGACUACAUCACGGAGCGCAUCAUCACCGUAUCCUUCCCCCAGGCAUGCCCAGACCAGACCUACCUCCAGAACCUGCAUGAUAUCACACAGAUGCUCAAAUCCAAACAUGGCCACAACUACAUGGUGAUCAACCUCUCAGAGAAGAAUGAUAGCCUGACCCAGAUGAACCCCAAGGUGUUGGACACAGGCUGGCUAGACCUGCUGGCCCCGUCCAUGGAACAGAUGUAUGGUGUGUGUAAGAUCAUGGAUAACUGGCUCCACUCACACACACAGCAUGUUCUGGUCAUGCACUGUCAGGGUGGUCAAGGCAGAGUCGGGGUGAUGGUGGCCUCCUACAUCCACUUCAGCAGCAUAUCAGCCAGUGCAGACCUGGGUCUAGACCACUUUGCCAUGAGAAGGUUCUACAACAACAGAGUAUCUUCCCUGAUGAAUCCCUCGCAGAAACGGUAUGUGUGGAUGUUCAGCAGUCUGCUGAGGGGAGUUAUGAACAUGGAUCCCUCUCCUCUCUUCCUCCUUUGUGUGGUUCUUCACGGCGUGCCCAACAUCAAUUCUGAGGGAGGAUGUCGUCUGUUCCUGAGAGUGUACCAGAGCCUGCAGGUCGUCUGUACUUCAGCAGUCUAUCACGUGCGAGCAGUGCAGACAGACAGGGUUUACUUUGUACUGCAACCAGCUCAACUGCUGAAGGGAGACAUAAUGGUGGUGUGUUAUAAUAAAAACCACCAGACAGCCAGCCGAGAGGUCAUCUUCAGGCUCCAGUUUCACACUGGCAUUAUCCACGGUCGCCCCUUGCUUUUCCCCAAGGAAGACCUUGACACAGCAUAUAUAGAUCCCAGGUUUCCAGACGAUGGGAAAGUUCAGUUGGUGUUCUCUGAAAGUCCUGAGAAGAUGCCAGGCAGUGGUCACUGGCAAAACGGACCCUCUGUCAUCGUGGACUACGAUUCCUGGGACCCCCUGGUUCGACGGGACUCCUAUGAGUACAUCUCUCCAGAAGGACUAGCUCUUCCUCGUAGCCCGGGCCCUGUUGAUGGCAACCUAUCCGCCAGAGUAAGGAAGGGAAGUAGUGACGAAGGAGCUCCGUUUCACCUGGCAACCAGCUGCCCUAUCCCCAGUGACCUUAAACUGUCAGCCAGCAAAGACUCAGGCCUUUCUAUCGCCUCCCAGAGGACCGGAGGUAUUACUGCAGUGAGCCCCAAGAGAGGGCCCAGUCAGGACGAACUUACCCAGCUCAGGCGGCUUCUAUCUGGGGUCGGCCUGGAACCUCAUCUGGAGGACAUAACUGACCUCCCAGCCUCCUGUAACGCAGCGAGGGAGAUGGAGGGGGAUGAGGCUGGGUUAGGGCAGCCUGUGAAGGCCUCUCCUAGCGAGAGGGAGUCAGACAUCCUUUAUGAUGACGAGGUUAGCCCCGAGGCUAGCAUUGGCUCGUUCUCCUCUGAGAGCAUACCUGAAGGCCAGGGAUUGGUCCAGAGUGGAAGUGGAUACUCCACCCCCUCCACCCAAUCAUGGGUGCAGCAGCAGCAGAUAGUCGUCAGGGGGCAGGACAGCCCUGUGGAUACACUUUCUCUGAUUGGUCCAAACACCUUGUCACUUCCAGACAUGCCCAAUGGGGGGAGCAGCAGCAGAGAGUCGGUGAAGAGAGGAGUGGAGGGAGGGGUGGGGUCGCCUGUACAGACAGACAGUCACACACACGCCUCACACACCACCCAUACACCGUUGCCCUCAGGGGAACCUUGCGGGCAGGAGGAGCUUGCCUCGUUAGCCACAGACAUUGAUGAGUCCAUCGAGCAGCUUAACCAGCUGAUCCUAGAUCUGGACCCCACCUUCAUACCUGUUCCCACCCGACACACCCCCCUCCCCCUUGCUCUCUCCACCUCCCUCUACACCAAUGGUAACAACCAAACGACGACACAUGCCAACGCCAGCCAAUCAGGCUGGAAGCACAGACAGGACAGUGAUGUCACUGAUUACCCAGGAUUCUACAGUCCUGGUUGGGGCGGAGCCCAGACAUUCCAGAAUGCUCCGAUCUACAGGCCCGACCUAUCUCCCUCCCAGUGUGGUCGUCUCUCCAGGAUGGACAGUGUGGACUAUGAAGGACAGACUCCAGUAACGGACAGCUGUGACAUAGUCCCGUCCACACCAGCAUUUCCUAUCUCUCCUCCAACGCCCUAUGUGAAAAGUUUCCCAGUAUUCUCUUACUUGAGGCAAGGAGAAGGACAUUGGGAGAAGAGCGGAAUAUCACAAGGUACAUUUACACUCUGUUACUGUGUGUGUGUGUGUGUGUGUGUGUGUGUGUGUGUGUGUGUGUGUGUGUGUGUGUGUGUGUGUGUGUGUGUGUGUGUGUGUGUGUGUGUGUGUGUGUGUGUGCGUGUGUGUGUGUGUGUGCUCUCUGGGACCUAG